GGGUCUGGCACACACACACUGCCUGUUUGGUCUCUGUUGACUCUCACUUUUUGUGUGUGUGUGCGCUGGCAGUUGCAGUUGCAGUUCUCGUCGGUUCCAUUCUCACUCACAAAAAGUUGUAUCGGUUCAGAAAGUUGUUCCGUUUCGAGCGCUUGCACCCAACAACACAACUCACGCCAAGGAUUGGGUGGGUUCGGUCCGACUGCCUCAGAGGAAGAGUCCAAAAGCAAAUCCCUUUUUAUUGUGUUCUGUGUUUCCCUGGCCCAUUCCAUUACCACAAUUCACACCAACACACACAGACGUUCGCCAUUGACCAGUCUGUUGUGUAGAUUUGCUUCAAAUUCGUUCUUGCUGUACCCAUUCCGAACGUAUUUCGUUCACAGUAUCGUGAUGACCGACGUUCCGCAACUGCGCAUUGCGAACACUGCGAACAAUGGGAACACUGGGACAGCGUGUCCACGCAACCGCUCCGUCCUCGACUACGACACGGAAGCAGCCUUGUUGGAGGCCUUGCAAGGGGUUCACAUUAGUCCCCGCGUCGUUGUCCCGUCCCGCAACGAGGAGCCUGCGUCCACCGUCACCAUACCACCACAACCCACGACACUACAAGUUACGGAAUCCGCAUCCGCAACGCACGUGACGGACUGGAUCAUGCCCGACCAUCCGACCAGCUCGGAUCGGACGCGACAAACGCCCGAACACGAGGCCGCCCGUCUGUUGGUGUUGCGCUCGUACGAAAUCCUCGACUCGUCGCGGGACGAUCCGGCGUUCGACGCCAUUACACGGGAGGUACAGGAACGCUUUCAAGUGCCCUGGGCCUGUCUUUCCCUCAUUGACCUCGGUCGGCAGUGCCGCAAAAGUAUGGUGGGGGACGGAUUGUCCCCGCGAGAUACGCCCCGGCGCGACACCUUUUGUGGACACACCAUUCUCGACCCGUCCGGACUACUCGUGGUCCCCGACGCGACCCUCGAUCCCCUCUACCGUCACAAACCCGCCGUCCAAGGAUCCAUGGCCCUGCGCUUUUAUGCGGGGUGUGCCGUUACCACACCGGAAGGCUACCGAUUGGGUGCCCUCUGUUUGCUCGAUCGCCAACCCAGACCGCAAGGUUUGAACGCCGACGAUCAACGGGAUUUACGAACCUUUGCCGAUCGCGUCGUGCUGGAACUCGUCGCUCGACGCAAUCGACUCCAAUCCGGACGGAAACGAUCCGCCAGUCUCGCACAAGAUAUCAAGCUUCCGUUUGGAUCCAUCCCGACCGCGCCUUCCAGUACGACAGCCUCCGAAACCGAUUCGUCCGGCACCGGCUCGGACCACGGGACGUCCCCACCCGAUUCGCCGCCGCUCCGUCGCGACGAAAACAAGCGUUCCCGCGUCGAUCUUCAGGCCUUGCAACACGCCAUUGUACCGGACACGGCACCAAUCAUGCCGGCCGUUUCCAGUUCCAAAACCCACGGUCCACCGUGUGCUCCCAAGCUUUGCACCGACCUGAUGAUUCCCCGACCACCCCCCAACGUUCUCUUGCCUGAUCCGCAAACGAGUGGAGUGGAUCCCGAUACCUACCUAGUACAACUCGUCGAAGCCUUGUGGGGCGCCAAGCUGGUUGUCAAGCCCGCACUGGAACUGGAAAACUUCUUCCCCGUCAUUUCCGAAGACCAAAUGGCGGCCUACAACAUGACGGUCGUCAACCUCGCCCGCAACAAUCAAGUCGAUCAACUCCGCACGUACUACCAACAACACGGUCGCACCGUCCUCGAUUGCUUCAAUCGCUUCGGCGAAGGUCUGUUGAACAUGGCCUGUCGGCGUGGCUUUGUCGAUAUGGUGCAGUUCCUCUUGGAAGACGUGGGAUUGAGUGUACGGGUCCGGGACGAUUACGGCCGCACCCCACUGCACGACGCCUGUUGGAAUCCCACACCGCAACUCGCCAUUGGUACCUGGAUUACGCAACGCGAUCCGGUCCUCUUUUUGAUUGCCGACAAACGCUCCUACACGGCCUUUCAGUACGCCCGACAGUCCGACUGGGCCGUCUGGAGACAAUUUCUGUGGGAUCAACGGGAAUGCCUCCACGGUUUGACCGCACCACACGUGCUCGCGCAAUUUUCGGCCUAAAAUCCCCAUUUUAGUCGGUACCCCAACCAUACAACAAAGUGUUGUUAUUGC